AUGGCCGCCCACACGCCCUCAGAGACAAUGGCUCUCGAGGACGCGCCGAGUGCGUCGGCCUCGGGUACCACGCCGUGGGCCACGCCAACCACCCAGCAGGAGCCGGACCACACGCCCCGCGAUGCCUCGGAGCAGCCCGACCAGCCCGACCAGCCCGACGGCCUCCCCGACCAGGACCCGCAGAGCCCGUCGGCCGACCACGCCAGCGACUCCCACGCCCCGCGCCAGGUGCCCAUGCAGAAGCGCCGCCGCGUCACCCGGGCCUGCGAUGAGUGCCGGCGCAAGAAGAUCAAGUGCGAUGGCAAGCAGCCGUGCACUCAUUGCACCGUCUACAGCUACGAGUGCACCUACGACCAGCCCUCCAACCGCCGCCGCAAUGCCGCCCCGCAGUACGUCGAGGCGCUGGAGAACCGCAUGAAGCGCGCCGAGGCCCUCUUGGGCGCCAUCCUGCCCAACGUAGACCUCGACGACCCUGCCCUCGUGGCAAGCUUGCAGGAAGGUGUGCUGCCUCCCCUUCCCCAGGCCCAGCCCCAGGCCCGGCCCUUCGCCGCCCCAGACAGCAGCCAGAUGGCCCCCGCCCCAGCCGAGCGCCCCAUGCGCGUCGACACCAUGAACCCGCAAGCCCAGUCCGGCGAAGGGCAGCUCGAGUCGAUGGUGCGCGCCACCGGCCAGCUCGACCUUGAUGAACACGGCCACUGGGACUACCACGGCCACUCGUCCGGCUUGAGCUUCGUGCGUCGAAUGCGUGAGAGGUUCGACUUCAUGGGCCGCGGUGAAAGCGAAUCCUCCCCGUUCCCCGUUAACCGCCCGCUCUCCCACGUGUUCGAGUCGCCUAAGUCUGUACAGGAUUCGCCUGCCACCUUCGACAAUGCUGUGCCCGGUGGUGCCGAGCUGCCGUCUCGGGAGAAAGCUCGAGAGCUGUGCGACACCGCUCUCAACGAUGCCAGCGCCCUGUUACGUAUUGUGCAUCUGCCCAGCUUCUGGACGAGCUUUGAGGCGCUGUAUGCAAAGUCUCCUGAAGAAUAUGGUGCUGCCGAGAAUAGUUUUCUGCCCUUGCUGUACACUGUCCUCGCCCUGGGAACCCUGUUUUCACGGACCUCUGAGGAUCUGGAUGAGGUAGGCUACCAGAACGCCAUUGACCAAGGUGUUCAGUACUUCAAGGCCGCCCGAAACAUCCUGGACAUUGCCAUGUGCCGUGAUCUGCAUGCGCUCCAGGCUGUCAUCUUCAUGAUUCUGUUUCUGCAAUCGUCUGCCAAGCUAUCCACUUGCUACGCCUAUAUUGGGAUUGCUCUCCGCUCCGCCCUGCGCAUGGGCCUGCACCGCUCUAUGAACGACCGGUUCAACCCCAUCGAGAAUGAGAGUCGUAAGCGAAUUUUCUGGGUCAUCCGCAAGAUGGAUAUCUACGUAGGAGCGCUCCUAGGAUUGCCUCACACCAUGAGCAACGAGGAUGUUGAUCAGGAGCUGCCGGCUGAGCUUGAUGACGAGUACAUUACGGAGACUGAAUACUUGAGUCAGCCUCCAGGCCACGUUUCUCUCAUCACUGCUUGCAAUGCGCACACCACCCUCAUUGACAUCCUCGCCAAAGUAGUCCGUGUCGUUUACCCGAUCAAGGGCAAGACCCAUAUCCUACAGGGACAGAAGAUAAUGUCCUACACCGUAUCCUACGCUGACAUCAGGGAACUUGAGAAAGACCUUCAGCAGUGGAUGGAGAACCUACCCAUGGCAUUGAAGCCUGGUGGGGAGGCAUCCAUCCUCGUCACUCGCGUUCGUCAGCUUCUUCGCAUGGCAUAUGCUCAUACGCAAAUGAUGCUAUACCGUCCGUUCGUUCACUACGUUUCCAAGUCACCGACCUGCGCGUCCUUGGAUAAACGUGCUUAUGCUUGUGCAUCCGCCUGCAUCAGCGUGUCUCGCAAUAUCAUCCACAUUACUGCCGAGAUGAAGAAGAGAGGGAUGCUCAAUGGUUGCUAUUGGUUCACAAUGUAUACGACGUUCUUCUCGAUCAUGACUCUUGUCUAUUUCGCUCUCGAGAACCCGGAAUCACCCACAAGCCAAGACGUGUUGAAGGAGGCAUAUGAAGGCAAAGAUGUCCUGGAAGGUCUUGCCAAGCGGAGCAUGGCUGCAGAUAGGUGCACGAGCACUCUCAAGGCUGUGUUUGAUCAGCUGCCGGAACGCAUUCAGCAAGGCCGAGAGCUGGCGCUUGCUAACGCAAGCCGCAAGCGUCGCCAAGCUCCGUCGCCGCAGCCUGAUGACAAGUCUAUGUCCGGUCUAUCCGAACCAGACUUACAUGAUGUUCAGGCCAUAGCUCCCCGGCGUGCCAACACCUUUCCGAAGAACGUCGACGACCCUCGUGCGAGAGGGUCAUUCCGCCCGAGCUUCCCUCAGCCUCCUGACCUCGACGACCCGCCGCAGAGCCAGUUUGGGACUGGGCCUGCCCUGCCUCACAGCAUGCCCACAACUCACAGCUUUUACCCGCACGGCGUGCAGCACAACAUGACGCCAUCUCCGGUGUUCCGCCAGGCGCAGCAACCUCAGAUGUCCCAGUUCGGUUUCUUACCUGCACACAACACCUUCAUUGACCGGAUCAAUGGAUUCAACCCGCCGAUCCCCGACCUCAGCGCUAUGAUGUUCCCGUCGGGUGACCCGCUUGCCUAUCCGAACCAGCCCAUGACGACGUUUGAGAAUAACGGGUUCAGCAGCAUCGACAGGGUUGGUGACUCUGCUAACGCAUUCCUUGCAUUCAGUGGGUCGGGAGGCACUGGGACGCCCGUCUCCAAUCGCAGCGCCGGUAGCAACAGGAACUCGGGGAUUUUCGGCAUGGCCCCCAAUGCCGGCCCGCGCGGCGACCCCCAUGCCGUGGACGUCGAGCUCCACAACCCGAGCCCAUUCAUCUUCGCGGCCGGAACCCAGUUCGGCAUGAACCCUAACGCGAUGCACGCGACGCCGCAUCCGCAUGGACGCCAGAUGUUUGGAGUCGGCACAGGGGUGCAGGACGGCAUGGCGGCCACGAGCGGUGCGGGUAUGGGCGGGCCGAUGGCAAUGGCCGGUACCGGGUCCAUGAACAUCAACGAUCUCUUCACGGGAGAGGAAUGGGCUGGAAUGUUUGCUGAACAGGGAAGCGGCAUGGGCCAGGGCCAGGGGAUGGGAUUCGGAUUCCGUUAG